UCCUCUCCAAAACCAGCUUCUUCUUCAAAACCCACUUCUACACUCCUCCCUAUAUAUACGUGUCCAAACCCUCCAGUGGUUCUGCCAUUUUCAGUCCCAUUUUCCCAAUAUCAGCUACUCUUUUCUCUCCUUGAAGCCAAACACCUUUCUGGGUUUUCUUCAUUUUUCUCAUAUCAAUGGCUUUUCCUCAAAGGGAGGUUCUCAGGCAGCAGCUGUCUGAGUUUAUGUCUUCCAUGGAGCAAGAGGGCUUUGUGGAUUUUCAUUUCAACAUGGCUUAUACAGUGAAGAGAGUGGAUGGUCCAUUCUCUUUUAUAGAGCUCAUGAACACCUUUCGCAGUGACUCUCAAGCUACCUUAAAAGCUCUGACACAAGCAAUGGAUCAACAAGCUAUUAAUUUUGAUGAAGUGGAGCAGCAUUGUCUCAAGAUCAAAGGGAGUACUGCAUGCCUUGGUAUUCAUCGUAUGGCACUUGCUUGUAGCGAUCUAAGGAGGGCGAUAAUUCAUGCUUCCAAAGAAGAGUGCUAUUUGGCCUUGAAUCGGAUGAAGCAAGAAUUUCAGGUUCUGCAAGACAAGUUUGAUCUCAUUUGUCAGCUCGAGAGGAGAAUCAACACUCCUGACCCGGCGGCAAAUGCAUGAAAGAUGAGAACUCUGUGUUGCGUGGCGGUGUCUUGAAAGGGGGUCUAGAAUGUGUUCGAAUCGUUUGAAUUUAAUUUACAUGUUAUGAAAACUUAUUAUCUUUAUCCUUUGUCUGCUCUUUUCCUUUUGUUUGAUGGUGUCAAGUAAGCCUAAAGACUUUUGUUGUAGUUUUGUUAAUGGUUAAUCUAUGGUUGCCCCUUUCAUCUUCA